AUCAUCACCAUCAUCACCACCAUCAUCACCACCACCACCAUCAAGCUAAUUGCUCAACUUUUUUUUUACUUACUUACUUACGGCUCGACUCGACUCGACUGUCAGCUACAAUCAUACACUCGACUACGGUAGCACAGGUGCCACGAUUCCUUGCUCUUACCGUUCACCAUCGUUGUACCCUUCCCUCAAAGCUGACAUUCUUGUUACUGUCCAAAUGACCAGUCUAGUCUAUCUUUCUUCCAGCCAUACUACGACUAUUAGUUCAGAUGUCUUUUUAGCCAUCUUCUCAUGGCUGCCUGAUGUACUCGAACUUACAUCUUUCUCGUCUGUAUUGACAGUCCACUAACAACUCCAACUAUCCGUGCCUCAUCCGUGCCUCCUACCUAUGCCCGUCUUCACAUAUUUCCAUACACACCAUACAUGAAACACUACAGAACACACGCAAUACAAACCCCAAAAGUCUACACAUUUCAAGCCCUUGUCGUGCACUGUCUGGCAUCGUCCUUUCUUCCGCUAUAUGCGCCAGUCAGCGCCACUACCGACACACCCCUCCCUCCCCUCAUCAUCUUACAACCGCAUUCAGCGAGCAUCCCAACACGGACACAGCAAUACCCUACACACCUUGCUCCUCAGAUCCCAAUCCCGUUCCCAAAAUCUCACAUCCUGCCGCUUGCCGCCGCUGUCUCUUCCCAUUGGAUCUUCGUCCAGCACCCGGCGCGCGCUUGAAGCGGUCGAGAGUGUUCUCCCCUUGCUAGCAAGCUCAUUCACUAACGACCGAGGCAGCUCCAGCCAAUUUCCUAUCCCUUGCUGUGUUAACCGCAAAAUCUCUCAGGCCCGUGGGGCCGGGGCUUCGCAAGAGCGAGAAUCCCCUUUUGCGUUUUCUGCUAUGCGCCCAAGACCUCAAUCGCCUCUCGCCAGGUACUUGCAUAUAAGACAUCACCUUUUACGCCCCGUACCGGCAUAAACUUGGUACGGAUCGGGAAUUUAUACUUUCAUCUUUCCCUCCAAUAAUUCCCACCAAUGGAUAUUCUAUCAUUCCUCACCGAUGAGGAAAACCAACUCUUAUGCCGAACAAGACAGAUAGAAUUCUGGCUAAUCUAUUGUGUAUUGAGGUAACAUGUUCUGGAC